CAACCGUCAGUAUGGGCAAAAAAGCAGCUUCUCCCGCCUACGUCCUCGGCGUGGGCAUGACCAAGUUCAUCAAGCCUCGAGGCAAGGUCGACUACAACGAGCUUGGUUUCGAGGCCGGUGUCAAGGCUCUGUUGGACGCUCACAUCAACUACGACGAUGUCGAGCAGGGCGUUGCCUGCUACGUCUACGGUGACAGCACCUGCGGGCAGCGUGUCUUCUACCAGUUUGGCCUCACCCAGAUCCCGAUCUACAAUGUAAACAACAACUGCUCGACUGGGUCGACAGGUCUCGCUAUGGCCCGCACCCUCGUGUCUCACGGCGCCGCCGACUGUGUUAUGGUCGUUGGUUUCGAAAAAAUGAGCCCGGGAUCGCUGCAGUCGGUAUACAACGACCGGGCCAACCCCACUGGUCUUUUCGGUAUGAUGAUGGCCGAGACUCGCGGUGUAACCAACGCACCUGGUGCUGCGCAGAUGUUCGGUAACGCUGGUCGUGAAUACAUGGAGAAGUACGGCGCCAAAGCCGAGCACUUUGCGGAGAUUGCCCGCAUCAACCACGAGCACUCGAAGCGCAACCCAUACUCCCAGUUCCAGGACGAAUACACGCUUGAGCAGGUUAUGAAGGCUCCGAUGAUCCAUGAGCCUCUUACCAAGCUGCAGUGCUGCCCCACCUCUGACGGAGCCGCUGCCGCCAUCAUCGUCUCGCAGGCUUUCCUGGAUGCCCGCCCUCACCUCAAGGACCAGGCUAUCCUGAUUGCCGGUCAGCAGCUCGCCACUGACAACACCACGUUGUACAACAGAAGCUCGAUCGACCUUAUGGGAUUCGGCAUGUCCCGCGCCGCCUGCCGUGCUGCCGUCGCCGAGGCCGGUGUCAACAUCAAGAACAUCAAGGUGUGCGAGCUGCAUGACUGUUUCUCUGCCAACGAGAUGAUCACAAUCGACGCGCUCGAGCUCUCGGAACCAGGGAAGGCUCACGAGAUGGUCGCCAAGGGUGACAUCACAUACGGCGGCAAGAUGGUUAUCAACCCAUCCGGCGGUCUCAUCUCCAAAGGCCACCCGCUCGGCGCCACCGGUCUGGCACAGUGUACAGAACUGGUCUGGCACUUGCGUGGCUGGGCCAACAACCGCUUGGUCGAGGGAACCGACGCCGCCCUGCAGCACAAUCUGGGACUGGGCGGUGCCGUCGUUGUCACGGUGUACAAGCGUGCUGAUGGUAAGGUCGCCAAGCCGGUAUCUUCGGCGGAUGUCGCGAAGAUCAAUGGUCUCGGUUACAACCCUGCGGUCGAGGCCAAGGGCUUCACAGCUGAGCAGGCCAAGAAGGUCCUCAGCAAGACGGCGUCGGACGCGUGGGCGUUGGCGGAUACUCAGGAGAAGGUCAUUGCUCGUUUUUAG